AGGAAUGAAACUGUUUUAGUUUUUUCUUGUAGUGUUUUAUUGAAAUGAGCGUUUUUCUGCCCAAUUUUUUUUGCACAUCUAGUUAAUAAACACUAAUCUCAUAUUUUAUAUAUAUAUAUAUAUGUCCGAUUGGAAAAGGCAAGAACCUUAUUCCAAAAAAUUUUAGGGGGGAAUUUUCUGGGUUGGAUUAGGGGAAUCCACUAUCUUUGAUGUCUUGAGACCUUCAAAGUUCAUCUUUUAUGCUCUCAACUUAAAGGAAAAUUCUGAGAAACCUUACACGCUUGUUCUUCACCAUAUUAUUGUUUUUGUUGUUGCUGCAGUUGUCAAUGUACACAUACAUGGUGAAGUAAUGAUAUUAUAAAUAAGUUUUAGUUCACUGCUAUCUGUACUAAAGGGCAGAGAUGGAGACUCGGAAGGAUGAUUAAAUUUGGAGAAUGUAUGAGGAGAUUCUUUUGACUGGAGCAUCUGGAAUAUAAACUUUGGAAUUAGAUACACAAAUAGAAGGAAAAGAAAAGAAAAUUGGAAAGAUGCUUUGCCUUGGGAGAUUGUUUGAAGCAAGGAAUGGAAUAAGGAAUACAUUCUGGUUUGUCUCCUUCAGUAAGUUUGGUACUAAUUCAGCUCACACUGAUAUAAAAUAGGGAGAAGAUGGGUCCCAUAUUCUUUCAUUUGUCAAUUGGCAUAUGACAGCCGUCACCUUGGCCGCAAAUUCUAAACAUCCAGGACCCACGACCCAAAGAAAAAAAGGAGGAAAAAAAUGAAGGGAUUGUACUUUCUUCGAUACUUGGAUUUGAUGAAGGACAUGAUAUGCCCUAGCCUGGCCUGGACCAUACGAAGCUCAUGAAAAGAGAAACACAGCAUGGAUGAAGAAUCUUGUUUAAGGACUGGUCAGUCAAUCAUAAGAAUACACGUGUGAGUUUCUGAUUGAUCACCUUUUGUUGACCACAUGGGAUGGCAAUGGGGGAAAUAGAAAGUGAGAAAUGACCACGGAAUGUUAUUCCUGGUGAAAAAGUUAGAAGGGAAAAAAAAGUUCUAUAAGAUUCCUGGGGAAUAUGGAAUCUAAGAAUCUUAGCUCAAACUAAAGCCAAUAAGUCAUAUUCUCAAGUCAAGAAUUUGCUUAGCUUAUUCCUUUCUAAUCAAAGCCACAAAAAAUGGAUUCCCCCUAGCUUUUUUGCUUUGAGCUUAAUCUAUUUGGAUGCUUUUUUUCUCAACCUUCAUGAUUAGUGUUGGUGUCUUCAUAAGGUGUUAUAACCAUGAAGAAUAUUGCCUACUUUAGAGAUUGUUUAUAUUGACAUGAGACAAUAUAUAUCUAGCUAGAGUAUCACAGUUCCUUCAUCAUCACUGAUUGCAUGACAGAAAACGCUCUCUAUUAUGCCUCAAUGAUAAUUCUCCUCUCUCCAAUACUUUCUCUAAGAAUCAAGGAUGUCCAUCUCUCAGGCAUAUAUUCUUAGCCAUUUUCAUUUGUUGGAAAGCCAAGUUGUUUAACAGAGAAGAAGAAUACUAGGUCCACCACAGUAGGCUUUCUGGUCCAAUUUCUGCACCUUUAUUUUUUUUAUUUUUUUUAUUUUUUUAUACUUUCCUUUUAGCUCCCUCUUCAUCCACUCUUUUCAGCUUAAAGAUAUGCACCCCAAAAGGUUUCAAUUCCAUCUCUUUAAUAAACUAAUCUUGUGUUCGGAUAGAUGGAAAAGUAAGGGAAAGGAAAAGCUACUUGUUAUCUAACUUAGAUGGCUUUAUAAAGUAAAGUAAAUAGA